AUGGCACCAACGAUGAAACGAACGGCGCUGGAAGUCGCCUUGUUCCUGGCUUCUCAAGCAGCUGUCUACUAUACCAUGAAAUGGGUGCUGGAUUCCAUGCUUCCUGACCGCAAGGAAGAAAAAGUGAAGGAGAAGCAGAUGGAGGCUUUGAAGCGACUGGGGCAUCUUGAUUUGGAACUGGACGAAUACGAAAGACGAGUAGCGAACGAGGUCAUUCAUCCAGACGACAUCCACGUUACCUUUAAAGAUAUUGGAGGACUGGACCAUAUCGUCUCUUCACUACGCGAAUCCGUCAUCUACCCACUCCUCUAUCCCAACCUCUUCACAGCAUCGUCCUCACUCCUUGGUGCGCCGAAAGGUGUCCUGCUCUUCGGUCCACCAGGAUGCGGCAAGACAAUGAUGGCCAAAGCCCUCGCAAAGGAGUCUGGGGCUACCUUCAUCAACAUCGCCGCCUCCGUCCUCACCAACAAGUGGUACGGCGAAUCCAACAAGCUCGUUGCCGGACUGUUCAGUCUAGCGCGGAAAGUCCAACCAAGCAUCAUCUUCAUUGACGAGAUCGACUCAUUCCUCCGGGAGAGGACCAAGGGUGACCAUGAAGUGACGGGGAUGAUGAAGGCGGAAUUUAUGACGCUGUGGGAUGGUUUGACAUCGUCGACAGAUAGGAUAUUGGUCCUUGGUGCAACGAAUCGACCUAACGACAUCGACUCUGCAAUCUUGCGGCGGAUGCCUAAACGUUUCGCAGUGGGACUACCCAACUAUGACCAACGUCUCAAAAUUCUCCAACUUAUGCUCAAAGAUACCAAAACCGAACCCGACUUUUCCGUCGAACAGUUGGCCCAACACACAACAGGCUUCUCCGGAUCUGACCUCCGAGAGCUGUGUCGGAACGCAGCCAUGGUCCCUGUUCGCGAAUACAUGCGGAGUGCAGAGGGUAAUGAGGAGUUGCUUGCUAAGGGACAGCUUGAGGGCUUCGACCUACGACCGUUACGACUCGCCGACUUUUUCGUUCAAGAUGGCACUAGCCCAUUACCUCCUAGAGAUAUUGAUGAUGAAAGUCUGGCACGGUUUGACGAUCCAGAGUGA